AUGAUUGGCAGUCUAUUCUUCAUCUUUAAUCGGAUCGUGGAGAUCACUUUCCUGAUCCCCAUCAUCGGCAUAAUGGCUUACUUCGUCCACGGCUACCUCCAAGCAAACAUGCUCACACCAGCCUACAUCCUAAUCCUCUUCAUCACCAGCGUCAUCGCCGUUUUCUGGGCCGUCGACACCCUAAUCCGCUUCAGCACAACAAAACGAUCUGCAAUCUUCGUCGCGUUCGUCGACAUGCUCUUCUUCGGCGCUUUCAUUGCCGGCGUCUACCAGCUGCGCUUUAUCGCAAACGCAGACUGCGCUCACUGGUCAGGCGGCAGCGUCUGGGUUUCUCUCGGCCCGUUCGGCGAGUACGGCGAGCAGACAAACGACCCGCUUGAACUGCACGUUGACAAGACCUGUGCGAUGCUGAAGACUUGCUUUGCGAUGGGUAUUAUGGAGACGGUCUUCUUCAUCUGGACUGCUUUCCUCGCGCUGUUCUUGCAUUCUCGGGAUCGGGACCGCGUCGUUGUUGAGAAGACGGUGCGCCGACGUAGCCAUUCUAGUCGACGGGGACACUCGAGUUCGCACCGUCAUCGCAGCUCGAGCAGACGACCUUCUUACGUCGUCUAG